AUGCGCAUCGCGAACGUGUCCGAUGAACGUCUGGCGCGCGUUGAAGGUCCUUCAACAGGAAUGCCCAAGGGCGAGGCGCCAGACGUGAUGUCCGUGCAGCUGCUCGCGAGCCUGCUGUCCGAAAUGAGCGAUUCUCCGCCGUUUCCUUCCUCCCCGUUGCCAUCCCCGCGCUCGCCUUCCGCCGCCGCUCUCCACUCGCUACAACCCGUCGCAUCACCGCGACGCGCUGUCCUCCCCCCAGAACGAGCACAACAUGCGAAAUGCGCGGCCCGGUGCGAGGAUGGGAAUAUAGCGCCUGAUGCAGCGGUAGCGUCUUCGGGGGUUCCCUCGGGGAUAGGUGAACGCCGAAGUGCGCCCGCGGCGGAUGCGCGCCUGCGUGGGACUGACGCUCGCGAUUAUCCGCUUGCGCGCGCAUUGGCGGAACUGGAAGCGCAGGACCGCGCGCGGGAAAUGGCAGCCGCAGUGACACGGCGCGUAGCCCCUGGCAAUGCGCGGCAUGCGGAACGUGAGCGCACGGACGACGGGGGGGCGCGAGAGGUCAGAACGACGGGAUCGGACUCUAGCGCGCACAACAUGUCGGAAACAUCCGCGGAAGCACGCCAUAGAAACCAAGCGCGUGGCGACGGCGGAAUAGAAGACAUCAUCGCGCAUCUUCCACGCUCCACCUCCGCGUCUCUCGCCCAGGAAAGUCAGGAGAUUGCGCGGGUACUCGAAUCUCGGCGGGGAGGAAGCGAUGGAUGCGCGUUUCCCCGCCGAAGCGGGAGUCUGGUAGGCAGAGGCGCACACGCAAGGCAGCAGGCGGACGGCGCGAGUGGCAGCAGCAGCAGCAGCAGCGUGGACGGCAGCGCGUCGCGUUUCAGCGCGUUCGUCGCGAGUCGAGAGGCCAUGGUGCGCGCCCUCACCGCUCAUCUGCGCCGCCCCUCCGCGGAACCCGCCUCCCCUCAUAAGGCCAGCACCAAUGGCGCUUUUACCGAACCUGGUCCCUCCGAACCUGGUCCAUCCGAGUCUGCUAUUUCGGAACCUGCUAUUCAUGCACGCAGCAUGACUGCGAGCGGCGGUCGUUCCGCCACUCGCCCGCGGACGAGUGGCGGCGAGCGCAGCGAGAGGGCCAUCGCUGGCGGAGAAGGGUGGGGCGGAGGGGCGGACGGGCGGAGCAGGGCGGAGCACGUGCGACGGCGGUUGGCGGAGAGCGCAGGAGAGCAGGGGGGCGUGGUGGGAUGCAGAGAAACCGCGGGCGGAGUGGGGGUGGUUGUGCAGGGAGGGGGUCGCAUGCGGCAGUGGAGUGAUUUUGGGGUCUGGAAUUCAGGUGCUGUGGUAGCCGCGGUGGGCGGCGGGGCAGGAGGCGCGGAUGCUGGGGGAAUGGUAAGGGGGAGCGGAAGUAGUGGCGUGGCGGAGAGGUGGCAGGCGGGGCGGUUGGGAUCCGCGCAGCAGAGCAUGGGACACCCCGCGCCCAGAAUGACGGGCGGAUGGAGGGGCACUGAAGCCGUGCGCGCUCCACCUACUGCUGUUGUUGCUGCUGCGUGCGCUGGCAGUGCUUCUAACCUCGCAGGCAGUGCUGCUGCUGUCGGUGCUGGCGGUGCUGGCGGUGGUGUUGCGGGUGACACAGCGACUGCAGGUGGACUGGGUCUGGCUGCCUGGCCCACGCACGCUGCUCUUCCUCCCCCCAUGCCCCGCCUCCCCCACGUGCCCCUCUUCCCUCACUCCGCCUCCAUGCCUCUCCCACCCCGCUCCGCCCCCGCACCCCUCCUCCCCCGCUCCGCUCCCAUACCUCUCACCCCCCACUCCCCACCCCAAUUCAUCCCCCACUCGCAACCCAUACCACUGCGGCCCCACUCCGCGCCCGCAACAUCAUUCCCCCACUCCCACUCCGCGCCCGCAGCAGCAUUCCCUCACUCCCCCUCUGCGCCUCGCCUUCCCCACGCCUUGGGCAGGCCUAACACCCCCUCCGCCACACCCCUGCCAGAGCACCACCCGUCUGCCACGGCCCCGCUUGCACCUAUCGUCAUUAACCCACUUGCACCUACCAUGACCCCGCUUGCCGCGCACAUGACCUCGUUCUUGCCGCCCCACCAAGGGGCCUGGCAUGUGGGGGCCGCAGUGGCAGAGGGGACGGCAGCGGAAGCAGCAGCAGCAGGUGCAGGUGCAUCAGGAGCAGCGGCAGCAGCAGGCGGCAUGGGAGCGGAGGAGGAGCGGAUGUGGUGCGAGUUUGACGCCAUGCUCAUGGGCGCUCCACCCCCCAUACAUGCGCACGGUACGGCCGUGAACCCCAUGGCUGCACACUUCAUGACUGCGCAUGGUACAAGUGGGGACCCCCUGAGCGCGGUGGGCCCCUCGGGUGGUCAUCCCAUGGGAGCAGCAUGGAGCGGUGGCAUGGUGCAUGGGGGUGACAUGGCCCCCGUGCAAGCAGACACCCCCCUUGCCGCCCACGGCACAGGCGGCCCACUUGCCGAGUUGCACACAGCGCCGGUGCCAAGUGGGUCUGGGGGGUCUGCAGAGGGACACGCAGCAGCAGGGGCGGAGGUGGGCGCGGAGGCGGAGGGAGGGACAGAAACAGGAGACAUGUCGGGGAUGGAAGUACUGGGAGAGGGGGGAGGAGGAGUGGGAGGUUCGGGUUCGUCUGGUGGGCGCGGCAAGAACAAGAGUGUGGUGGAGAAAGAGCGGAGGGAGCGAAUCAGUCAGGAGCUGCAGAGGCUGAGGCAAACAGUGAGGGGGAGGGGGGACAUGGCAGCGAUGCUGGAUGGCGCCGUGGCGUAUGUGGAGCAGCUGAAAGCGCAGCACAGGGAGCUGGAGGCCACUCUGCUGCAGCACCAGCUCACCUGUACAUGCCCCCAGUGCCACCAGCUGGGCCAGCCGUGA